UUGGCCAACCUGACCCGGUAUUUACGUCCUUUGCAGGCUAAGGUGUGCUUCGUUCGGUUUAGUCGAAAGUCUCGGAGGGAUCAUUUUAGGCACAGGGAGUAUCGCCCGAAGCAAGAAGUCUACAGCAAAGAUAAUUCCUUAAAUUCACGGACCAUGACUGGAGCUGAAUUCGCUCGUUUUAUUGUGCUUUUUGGUUACAUUAUGAUAGCUGGCGUGCAGACAGCAAGCGGUGGCCAAUCACGAGGUUUUAUUGGUCUUCAGAAUCCUGACUCGGACUCGGUCGAGGUUGACGAGGUUACAGCUAACACGUUAAAAAGCGGCCUAACUACGGUCUUCCUCCCUCUCGUCUACAUCUUUGUGUUUGCUGUGGGGCUCCCCAGCAAUGCCAUGGCAAUAUGGGUCUUCAUCUUCCGGUCAAAGAAGAUCCACCCAGCAUCAAUUUACAUGUCUAACCUGGCGCUGGCUGACCUCCUGUUUGUCAUAUGGCUCCCCCUGAAAAUUAACUACCACUUCAAUGGCAACAACUGGACCUUUGGUGAGGGAAUGUGUAAAGUCCUGGUGGGCUUUUUCUAUGGGAACAUGUACUGCUCUAUCCUGUUCAUUAUGUGUUUGAGUAUGCAGAGGUACUGGGUGGUGGCACAUCCACUCACCCAGCACAGGAGGGACAAUCGGCUGGCCAUUGUAGUCUCCCUGGUCAUAUGGGGCUUCAUCUGGGUCAGCAGCACACCGCUGUUCCUCUAUCAGCAAACAGCCAAACUCUCCGACCUGAACAUCACCACCUGCCAUGACGUGAAUGUCAUCAGCCAGGACAACUUCCAGACACAGAAUGCUUUCCUAGAUGUACAGAAGCCUUACUACUACUUCAUGGUCAUGGCAGGCAUGGCGUUCGCUGCACCAUGUGUCGUCAUCUUGACGGCAUAUGUGCUGAUGCUGCAGCAGCUGGGCGAGUCCACCGUGGGUGGCAGUAGCCAGGGGAAGAGCCGGCGCAGGGCCAUGGCGCUCAUCCUCACCGUUCUCUUCACUUUCCUGCUCUGCUUUGUGCCCAGCAACGUGAUGCUGGUGGUGCACUAUGCCCUGCUCGGCCAGGGCCUCGCUAACAAUGGCUAUGGCUUCUACGUGGCCACGCUGUGCCUGGCCAGCCUCAACAGCUGCCUGGACCCAUUCGUCUACUACUACGUGUCAGAGGAAUUCAGGGAACACGUGAAGAACACGCUUCUGUGCCGGAGCAGCCGGACAGUGGAGCGGAUGAGGGUGUCCUUCAGCUCCAUGAAGUAUUCCCAGAAGAGCAAGACCUACACCUCCAGCUCUGGCCCUACAGACAGCAGCAUGUGCUGAGAUGUCUUAUAGGGCACUUAUGCGAGAACCACUAUGGACCUUUUAAAAAGAAAACCAGUGACCUUACCAGGGAGGUUAAUUUGCACUCACUGUGACCGUCUGGAAUUUUGUAAUAUUAGACAGUCAUCUGCUGUGCCAUGCUGUCUCAGGAAACAAAAACUUGUAGUUUCCUUCUGCAGGAAAAAGAGCCUCUGUGGCUAUGGGAGUGUGGUUUGGAGUUGGAAGAGAGAAAAGCUACACUGCAAAUGCUGGUUUGUUCAUUUUUGUGGGAAGGACAGAGUUGCAGACUGUUCACUGCAGAGCUUAGAAACCUCAGGCAUGAGGAAGCGUAAACGGGCUUCUGAGACUAAAGCUGCACAGUGCACUGGCAAUUUGUUACUGUGAUAUUUUAAAAAGUGCCUUUCAGAGUUCAGUAUAUGUGUCCAGAUAUUGACUUAAAAUGCACUACUGUUGUUUUGUGUUCUUUCAGACUAUAAACUUGAAUGUGUUUUGUUAGGGUUUUUUUUUGGUUUUUUGGUUUAGUGUGGCUGCUGGUGGCAGCUGUGUGACACCUCAGUUUUAUUCUUGCUGUAUUUGAGACCCUUAUCACCUCAGGAGGGGUUUGCGCCAGAUGCUCGCAGAGAACAGCAGAUUGCAUGUGGGCCCCACUCUGAAGUGGGACUGCUUUUAAACAGAUUUUCUAAUUACAGUCAGUGUAGCACGAAUGUAAUGACGUCUGCUAUAUAGAGGAGUUGGAAUUAUGCAAGAGCUGUCUCUUAAAUAUUUUUUUUUUCAAGUUACAGAGCCUUCUGGCUCCUAAGUACUUACCACCCAGAAUAAUUGGUUGUGAAGUUGUUGUACAGUGCAUUUCCAGUCAAGUGAAUCAUCAUAAUCACAUGACCAGGGUCUCAUUUUAGUGUCACUGAAUGACUUAGUUUGCUGCUUUAACCUAUUCUGUUAAAAUGUGUAAUCAUCAAACUGUACAAUCACUGUUUGAAUUAAGAAGGAACAGGCUCAGGUUUGAGAAUAAAUGGCUAAAUGAGGGAA